CUGUUGUUACUAUAAAAGGUAGUGUGAGUGAAUAACUUUUAGAAAACCUACAAAAACAAAGAACAAAAUAUAUAAUGGGCAUCAUGAGUGUGAUCGUUGCACUCAAACAUUUGGUACCCGAUGAGGAAAGAAACGCUGUUCGUGAUCAUGCACUAGUUGUCCCUUUGACACUUUUUGUUGCUGUUCUUUGUCUUUGUUUGUUAAUUGGUCACUUGCUUGAAGAAAAUCGAUGGGUUAACGAAUCUAUUGUUGCCAUUUUUGUUGGGUGCAUUGCUGGAGCGAUAAUUUUGUUAAUCAGUAAGGGAAAAAGUUCUCACAUCCUUACAUUUGAUGAAGAAUUAUUCUUCAUAUAUCUUCUUCCUCCCAUAAUAUUCAAUGCAGGAUUUCAGGUGAAGAAGAAACGGUUCUUCCAUAACUUUUUCACAAUCAUGUUGUUCGGUGUCAUUGGUGUUUUUAUUUCAGCAUCUAUUAUUACAUGCGGCAGCUGGUGGCUCUUCCCCAAGUUGAACUUCCUUGACCUCACCGUGCGAGAUUAUCUUGCUUUAGGAACAAUAUUCUCCUCAACGGACACAGUUUGUACGCUACAGGUUCUCUCUCAAGAUGAUACUCCUUUACUAUACAGCCUAGUAUUUGGGGAAGGAGUGGUAAAUGAUGCAACAUCGGUCGUACUCUUCAAUGCAGUGCAAAAGAUUGAUGUUUCGAAACUUGACAGCCGGACAUUGCGUGUUGUUGGUGAUUUCUUGUAUCUAUUCUCAACAAGUACUGCUCUUGGAGUUGUAGCUGGACUUAUCACAGCAUAUAUCUUAAAAGCCUUAAGCUUUGGAAGACAUUCAAGUGUUCGUGAAAUCUCGAUGAUGAUGUUAAUGGCAUACCUAUCCUACAUGUUGGCAGAGCUAUUUGAGCUAAGUGGAAUCCUCACUGUUUUCUUUUGUGGAAUAUCAAUGUCACAUUAUGCAUGGCAUAAUGUGACUGAAAUUUCAAGAAUCACAACCAGGCAUGUGUUUGCAACAAUGUCGUUUAUUGCGGAAACUUUCAUAUUUCUUUAUGUCGGUAUGGAUGCCCUUGACAUGUCAAAGUGGAGGAUGACCAAAUUAGGAAUUGUAAAUUUGAUGGGAAUUUACAGCGGCUUAAUCUUUUUAAUAUUACUUGGAAGAGCUGCAUUUGUUUUCCCCCUCUCCGCACUUGCCAAUUAUAUGAAUAGGCGUUCUGAAGAAACACCGAGUAUCACAUUCAAACACCAGAUAAUUAUUUGGUGGGCGGGGCUAAUGAGGGGAGCAGUUUCAAUUGCUUUGGCUUUCAAACAGUUCACGUACUCGGGAGUUACUUCUGAUCCAAUUAAUGCGACAAUGAUCACCAACACCAUUAUUGUUGUCCUUUUCACCACACUGGUGUUUGGUUGUCUAACAAAACCACUUAUUCGAUAUCUACUUCCACACCAUGCAACAAGGGCAACCACCAGCCAUGAAGAAGAAACAACGGAACCUGUUGAGGACAUGAAUCUACCUUUGUUAUCCUUUGAGGAAUCGGCAGCAACUAACAUUAGCCGCGCAAAGGAAAGUCUAUCCAUGUUAAUAGAAAGUCCCGUGUACACCAUACAUUACUAUUGGAGAAAGUUUGAUGAUGCCUACAUGAGACCAAUAUUUGGAGGACCGCGUGCUAACAAUUCAGACUGCUAGAAAAGAAGCAAUAUAACAAAUCAUCAAUAUCUAAGAGAUGCACUUGAAAGUUGAAAACAAAUGAUGAUCUGACCCUGUCCAGUUUUGAAGGUUAAUUAACUUCUUUGCGCAUUCAAUGCCACUGUUUAGGAAUACACUAACAUCAAUCUUUAUAUUGAAAAAAGUUUGGUUGAUCAAUGCUAGUCGUAUCCGGUUAAUUUCAUGAGACAGAAAGUGGUCUGGUUUUUUGCAUAGUUUCUUAUUUUGGAAUUUAGCCUUUUUAUUGUAGCUAGAUGUUACUCAAGGCAACAUUUUGAAAAUUCUAUGUUGCCUUGAAAUGGAUUUGUAAAUUUUUUAGUCUUAAUCCAUUUAUUUCUGUGUUUUGAAUUCUUAACAACAGAAACAUGCAUUUUUAAUAUUUUACUAUAUUUAUAUAUGGAUUUUAUCCAUAUACACCA